UCAUGGGAAAAUGGUUCGAAAGAGCUGGUGGUCUCGACCAAAAAAACUGGGAGCAAAUGUGGGAUCUUAAGGUACGGCCAGGGCCUCGAUAUCGAGGGAACAAACCUCCUCACUCCCAACACAUGGAGCCUUCUUGUACUAUGAGCAAGGAAUUAAAUAUUCCCUCGAGACAACCUGGAAAUAUUGAGGCUUAUGGAUUAGAUGAUAAUUAUUACCCGGCGCAGCUCCCGGGUAAAGAUUUCGAAAACUCUGAUGAGCUGAGACAACCUUUACUCGCACUCUAUGUAAGUCUUCAAACUCCCCAUAUCUCAAAAUAAACUGUAGCUAACGGAAACAAUAUUUUUAUUAAGCUUCCAUUUAUGAGUUGGGAUAUCUUUGGCCAAUUUCGCUUACUAAGUCCAUCUUACAAACCGAUUGAGCAAGCUGGUUCCCAAGAGCAAGCUGGUUCCCAAGAGCAAGCUGGCUCCCAAUUAAUUUCUUCGCGCCCGUCCGAUAACAGGACUAGGAUGGAAAAUUCCUUAUCACGUUUUUAUUUGAAAAAACCUCUUUCCCUUCACACAAGGCGAACUCUAGAUCAAUUUUACUACGAUUCUCUGGACGACACGAGUUCUAGGGACCGUGAUCAAGUAAUUUCGAAAUGGACAGGAACACAGAAGACUGAUCAGAGAACUGAAGCUGCGGUAGAUGAUAGCUUCAUGAUCAUGAUUGACCAGCUUUGGUGUUGGGUCCUUGAUGAUAGUAUG